UGAAAUCACUUUGAAGAUUACAGGUAGGGACAGGUGUGGAAGUCGCACAGGUAACAGAGCUCUGAGUAAACACAGCGACAGGCGGGACACUAGGUCUGGCGCGUUAGCAGCAGAAGUACGGGUUAAAGCAGUUUACAUAAUUUAUGUGUGAUAACCGAAAGGAAUCAGUCUACUACGAGCAUCAUAGGAUUAAUGUAACUGGCAGCAACAAGCAGUAACCAUGAGAACGUUAUUAACACAAAGACACAGUACAAUUACCGUCCGGAAGAAGAACGUUUUGUUAGUGUGUUUUAUUCUGCUGUUGAUUUGGACAUUUCACUCAUUUGAAAAUGAACACGAGAUCGCCCCAUCCAAUGUCGACGAGUCUGGCAUUAAGGCCAUAUGGGAGUUUAACGCGAUCCCUGAGACGUUUGGACAAGUACAGAUGGUUGACGACUCGAUUGUUAUGAUUCCAGAGAGAUCUCAGCUGGAGUUGCUGGCUUUGCCCAGAUUGGAAGAACUAUACAAGAGAAACCUGAAUAAUCUUCAAAUAUUUUGUCCGGUAAAAACUGUCUUUGGUGGCACACAUGAUGGCUGGAAUGUGUGUUCAACAGAACAGCGGAAGAAAUGUGUUGUCUAUCUUAUCACGAGUAAUCCAAACCCCAGUUCAUUUUUGGCGGAACUCAGCUCUAUAUGGGGAUGCCAGGUCUUCAAAAUAGAACAAAAGGACUGCAACGAAAACACGCUGAGGCAGAUCAGUGACAAGCACAAAAGUAUAGAUAUAUUCGCUGUUGACGUGGACGACUCGGAAGCCAUUUUGCUGCAAAGAAUGAUGUCUUUGGGUGUCGUUAAUCGAAUCAAACAACUAUUAGUAACUUUUCAUGGCGACAUGGAGGGAAAUUUGAAUGCCAAACAGUACCAGGACAGACUGGCUUUACAAAGAGACCUACUCCACCAAGGAUAUCGAAUAUUCCACCGCACUCGGAACACUCAGUGCACGCAUUGUGACAAAACACCAAGACCCGGAUGUGUGACCCUCAGUAUGAUGCUACCUUCCCAAGUGAAAGCACCUCUAGUGAUACCUUCAGAAACAUAUCUUGGUAACCUUACCUCUAACCAACUCAACAGGUUUUAUCACAGAUAUCUUUUGACGACACAGACCUUUUGUAAGAAGCUAUCCCCAAUGGGCAGCCACGGGAGAGGUGGUUGGGAAGUUUGUGCAGACAAACCGUACAGUCCCACUGUGCCAUGUCUCAUAUAUUCGUUUGGAUCCGCCGAUGAUUGGGCGUUCGACAGUGCAAUGGCCAAUCACUUUGGAUGUGAAGUACAUAGUUUCGAUCCAAGAUAUCAAAAUACAAAAUCUAACGGCAACGGUACCAGCGACAUGGUACCGAGUAACAACAGGGCAGGAGCAGUUAUCUACCAUAGUGGUGCACUCUGGGAUAGAAAUACAAACAUCCGGAGACCAGAUGGACAGAUAUGGACCGGUGUAACAUUAAAAACAAUCAAGAAAAAAUUACGGCAUUUGAAUAAGCAGCUUGACGUGCUAAGAAUUGACAUAGACUCUUCCGAGUGGAAAGUGUUGCCCUCAUUAAUCAGUUCAGGUUUACUUAGACAAGUAAAGCAGCUACUGUUGGAGCUGCAUGGUGAUGUUGAUGAUGGAGGAGACCAAUACCACCAAAGACUCCUAGUGUUACGAAAUCUUCAUGACAUCGGCUUCAGGUCAUUUUGGGCUCUAGCGAAACCGGAUGACAGAGAUCAGUUUAUGUCUACAUUUACUAAGACAAAAGUGACAAAAAUCUACCAAUUAAAUCUAAUAAAUAUAUAUGUAAUUUAAUUCAAACAGUUUAAUUUAAUCUAUAUUGAUAUAGAUGUUGUCGAAAAAGCUCUCAUUGCGUAUUUUACUAUUUCAGGUGGCAAAUGGAUUUAAAGAUUAUUUUGCAUUUUGUCAUGUAGGUAUUUUAUUACAUUUAUCAACGGUCCCUUUGAUUGUAAAUCUCCGUAGUCAUAGCAACUGUCACGUUAUUCUAGAAAACCAUUUUUAUUAUUGUCAUUGUUAUCUUUUAAACUUCUUCUAUGAAGGACUGUUCAAAAAUUCCAUAUGAUGGUACAUGUAUAGUUUAUAUUCGUAGUUUUGCAAAUUUCUCGAAACGCAUCAAUUGUGUGUCUAAUUAUAUGAUGACUAAUUUUAAUAUAAGCAACACUUUUACAUAACAUAUCUUGCCUUUAUGUCUCUUUGCCAACUUUGAUGCCAUGCUCGAAGUGCCACUUAGCUGAGGAUAGAAAUACCGCGAAGGAUUGACCAUGUCCGUCACUUUUCAGUGUUUCAUUUCAAGCUAAACACAUUGAAUAUUGCAAAAAUCGAAUAUACAUUAACACACAACUAUUGAUAUAACUAUCUUAUGCAAAUGAAUUUAAGCUCAAUGAGUAAAUAGUUUUUCUUUUUAAUAUUGUUUAUAAGUUGAAUCUUUUACAACUCUAUUUCCUUAUCAAUAGGGUGUGUUAGCUCAGAGCAAUAAUAAAUAUGAAAUUCAUAUAAAAAUCUCUUAUUAUGUAUAUCGUGUAAAUUAUCCCCACGUGACAAACUGUAAGGGAAUCGAACGCACACAAUAAGAAAAUUGAUUAACAGAUUAAAAACGUGCAAAAUCAAUUCAUGAAUCUCAUGAACCAAACUGAUCAAACUUUCCUUUUCACAAGAGGUAAUUUGUACAUGUGAGAAGAAAUAUUUAAUUGCAUGCCAUAAGUAGAUAUGCAUUGAAAAUUUUAAUUAUAAUGUGUUGCAUAUUCAGCUAUCUGGACCUGUGCUGACCGUGGUGCGAGGAGCGUUUGUCUUCUCUGCUUUUAAUAGUGAGAUCGUGUGAUGCACUUUUUUAUAUGGUCCGAUGAGCGCUUGUCUUUUGUGGUUUAAAUAGUGAUAUCUUAGAACAAACGUGUUUUUAACAUGGUGUGAUAAACCUUUGUAUCCUAGGCUAUGGUGUUCGACACGGAAGUCUUACUGUUCUGAUAUUUAACUUUGUGUACAUAUAUCUGAGAGAGCAUUAAUAAUCAACAUAAGGAAAUCCCGUCUGUCUCGCAUCAUACUAUGAAUAAAUGUGUGUGUACUUGGAUAAACACUGAGCUUUAUGUGUUGAAGCAUUUGAUAAAAGAUGUUACCUCGGCGACUGCUUCACGCCAAAAAAAUGUACAUUGUAUACAGAGGCGCCCAUAAAAACGAAUGAUCGCUUGGAAUGUGGUAAUAGUGUAAAGUAUGUAGCUUUUGGAAUGUGGUAAUAGUGUAAAGUAUGUAGCUUUUGGAAUGUGGUAAUAGUGUAAAGUUGGAUGAAUUGUUUUAGGGCGGUAAUAGGGUUAAUUAUGUAACUUUUGGAGAGCGGUAAAAGUGUAAAGUAUGUAGCUUUUGGAGGGUGGUAAAAGUGUAAAGUAUGUAACUUUUAGAGGAUGGUAAUCGUGUUAAGUUAGUAACCUUUGGAGAGCGGUAAUAGUGUGAAGUAUGUAGCUUUUGGAGGAUGGUAAUAGUGUUAAGUAUGUAGCUUUUGGGGGAUGAUAAUAGUGUAAACCUGGUAUUUUUUUGAGCACGGUAGUAGUGUAAAGUAUGUAGCUUUUGGAGGAUGGUAAUAAUGUAAAAUAUACAGCUUUUGGAAAGCUGAAAAGUGUUAAGUAUGUAACUUUUGGAGGAUGGUAAUAGUGUAAAGUAUGUAGCUUUUGGGGGAUGAUAAUAGUGUAAACCUGGUAUUUUUUUGAGCGCGGUAAUAGUGUAAAGUAUGUAGCUUUUGGAGGAUGGUAAUAGUGUAAAGUAUGUAGCUUUUGGAGGAUGGUAAUAGUGUAAAGCUGGUAUUUCUGGAGCGCGGUAAUAGUGUAAAGAAUGUAACAGUAUGUAACUUUUGGACUGUGGUGAUAGUGUAAAGUAUGUAACGUUUGGAGGGUGGUAACGGUGUAAAGUAUGUAACUUUUGGAGGGUGGUGAUAGUGUAAAGUAUGUAACUUUUGGAGGGUGGUGAAAGUGUAAAGUAUGUAACAGUAUGUAACUUUUGGAGGGUGGUGAUAGUGUAAAGGGUUUAGUUUUAGGUAUUGUAUCAAAACUACAACAGUAUUCUUGUUUUCAAUCAAUCUUAUAAUAUCACUCUUUGUCGGCGGCGGAGUACCUUUAAGAUAUAGAUGACGAUGUGGUCAUGGUGACCAGUUCCCUACCCUGAUAAAUCAGUACGGCUACGACUUCCUUAUAUAGUGUGUUAAGCAGUUAAAAUGCAAUCUCCAUAGAUCUAAUUUAGAUCUAGUAUCUGUGUUCCUCUUGAUUAAUAGAAUUAUUAAUAGCAUAUACUAUAUAAUGUUUAAAUGUGUGUUAUUUAUAACUUUAUUUUGUUAUUUUUGAAAUGGACAGGCUGCAAUGCUACAACGUACAUUGCGUUUCAAGUUGUGACAGUUAAGUUGUAUUAGGCGUGAACGAUACCACAAUUUAACAAAGACAUUCCUUCAUAACAAGUUGUUUAACGUCAGUACUAGAAACAUUUCUAGACUAUGUGAUAUCAUAUAUUAGAUAUCGUCCGAUUUUCCUCAUUUCUCAUUGGCUAAAACAUGGUUACCCGAAGGUUAGUAUUGUGAGAUAUUGACCAGGGCCCGGUUGUUUCUAAUUUUGAAAACACUGAAUUGAUAUUGCGUUUAUGACGUCAUAAUUAUUGUAACCAAUGUAAUUUUCCUGUUAUCAAGAUAACUUUUGAUGCAAUUCCAUCCGUUUGCAAACAAGCAAGUUCCAUAUCAAAUAUAAAAAUUAAGGACCUUUGAUCACUCUGCUGUUAUAACGACCUGGUAGAAUAUAAUUCAUUUGAUUCUAUCAGAUCGGUGCAACAACAUAUUGACCUCGCCAAAUGUCCAUAAGCAACAUUUUUAGGUUAAUACAUAUUAACAUCAGAUCAAAAUAUUGAUAUCACUUAAUGUUUUGGUGCUAACAACAUUAUUGUCAUUUUUGUACAUUUUGUUGGUAUUUUUUCUUUUAUAUCACCAUACAUGACUUGUUUAGUUCACAGAUUAUAUUGUAAUGGUCUUUAUCUAUUUUAUUAGGUUUUAAUAAAGUCACUAGUUUUAGUUAAAUCCAUUCAUUCUAGUCUUAAAGUGGCUGAUAUAUUUUCCUACAUUACAUUGGAUGAUAAUAGUUUGUUUUUAUUUACAGUUUCAGUAACAAAUCUCUUUCAACACGCUGUUAAUAAAUAGAGUAUUUUAUUGCAAAACAAUGCAAAGAUUUAAACAUUUAUACUUAUAGUGACACUGAUAGAUUUUAGUAGUCAAUACAUGCUUGCUGAUUAGAUCCACCUUAAUUGUCGUGAACACAACUAACUCCAAUUUGUUCAAAGCUUUGCUUUUAUGCUCAGGACUUAUGUACCAUUUAUAAAACAUAAUUUGUUGGGAAUUUCACUUUUGAAUAAAACCAUCAUACAUAUCUCU